AUGGCUGAGCCUCUCACAACAACUGAAUUGCAAGGCGCUCUGCCCCUGAUUGCUCGGGGUAAGGUUCGCGACCUUUACGAGAUCGACGACAAGACGCUGUUGUUCGUUGCCUCUGAUCGCAUCUCCGCCUACGAUGUGAUCAUGGAGAAUGGUGUCCCGAACAAAGGCGUUCUCCUCACCCUCUGCACCCGCACAUGGUUCAACGCCCUGAAGGAAGCCAUUCCCUCGCUGCGCACACACUUCCUCACCCUUGACCUCCCUCCUCAGAUCCCCGAGUCACUGCGUCCCGUCCUGCAAAACCGGAGUAUGCAAGUUCGCAAGCUGCGCAUUCUCCCAAUCGAGGCCAUCGUCCGCGGAUACAUCACCGGCUCAGCCUGGAACGAGUACAAGAAGUCCGGCACCGUCCACGGAAUCAAGGUCGCACCCGGGCUGCAGGAGAGCCAAGCUUUCCCCGAUGGUCCUAUCUACACCCCCAGCACCAAGGCUGAGCAGGGCGAGCACGACGAGAAUAUCCACCCUGACCAGGCUGCUGCCAUUCUCGGAGAGCACGCUUCAACCGUUGCCGAGCUCUCUGUGCAAUUGUACAAGGUUGCGCACGCGUAUGCGCUCGAGCGCGGCGUUAUCAUCGCCGACACCAAGUUCGAGUUCGGUGUCGACCCAGAGACCAACGAGGUCGUCCUGGCCGAUGAAGUCUUGACACCUGACUCCUCGCGAUUCUGGCCCAAGGACACAUACGCUGUUGGUCGGGGCCAGUCGAGCUUCGACAAGCAGUUCUUGCGGGACUGGCUUGUUGCAGAGGGAUUGAAGGGUAAGGAGGGUGUGCGGAUGACGGAGGAGGUUCAGCAGAAGACUGCUGAGAAGUAUAAGGAGGCUUGGGAGAAGCUCACCGGUGGUCAGUAA